CUGGGAGUGAUUCUUUUUUACCUAUACCGGAUAGAAGCUAUCGAUCCGCAGUUGUUUCUAACAGUGAAAAGUGCAAAUAUAACUAGCCUGAACCUGCAGGACAUAUCUAGUGCGUAUGUGAUCGUAACCGAUAUGCUGGUUAGCCCCGAGGGCCAGCCGCUGUCUUUGCUGGAUGGAAAAUGUGAGUUUUAUAAACUGGAUGCGUCAUUCAGAAUGUUUAUAGUUUGUUUUGUCUGUGCAGUGAAGCAAUCAACAUUAGAUGGAUUGAACGAGCUGGGACCAGGAGUUCAAUUGAUUGCAUCCUUCGGUGGAAGUGCUGUGCCAUCGGAACUCUUCUCUCACUUGGUAGAGAGCAAAUCUAGACGUGCAGCUUUUGUUCGCAAUGUGAUUCAUUUCGCUUCGAGCAACGGAUUCAGUGGCGUGGAUAUUGCUUGGUUGUAUCCAACUGAGGCUGAUAAAGUUCGUUUAGAUGACUGACCAAAUAUGCAAAGAUUAUUUACUACAUCUAUGUUCUUCUAGGAAAACUAUGGGAAUAUGUUGAAAGAGUUGAGAGCGGCUUGUGAUAAGAGAAAACUGAUUUUAACGGUUACAGUUCCGAGUCAUCCUUCUGUUAUUGGGAAAAACUAUCCCGUGAAAGAUUUGGAAAACACAGCAAAUUAUGUAAUUUUGUGUACGACUGAAUUCAGGAAAUUGAAGAAAACAUCACUAGUGGCACCUUUGUACUCGCUUAAAGAGGGAUCAUCCAACAGUGUGGACCACCACAUCAACGCGUGGAAGCGUGCAGGGUUGAGUGGCGACAAAAUUGUGAUGGUUAUUCAGACUAACGCCCUGACCUACAAACUUCACCAACCGAACGAGUACCGACUGGGGUCGCCAGUUGCGAAGAUGAAGAUUCGACCGUUUUACAAAAUUUGUCAGAAGCUGUACAGUGGUUCGCUGGAGGUAUUCGAAGAAACGGGCCGUUGUCCUUAUGCAUUCCGCGAACAGAAUUGGUAUUCGUACGAGAACAAUAAGUCGAUCCAGGGGAAGGUUGCGUACGCAGUUAGACAUUCACUGGGUGGAAUUGGUGUGUUUAACUACGACGAAGAUGAUCCAUUUGAUUGGUGCGGGGAUGGGUCACAUCCGGUGACUCGAACGGUACUAGCUUCGUUACAUGCGGCUCACAGACCAAUGUCCGAUAGUACGGCUUCAAUUGCACAGCGAAGUGUUGCUGAUUCCGAUUUUGACGCUUUUGAAGGAUACGCUCAACUUAGGGUUGUCGACAAGGAUUCACAAGACGACACGGACAUUCAAAUAAAUAACGAAGAUCUUAGUGGCUACAGCAAACCACAAUCUUCGUAUGUUGUUCGGCAAAUACCACCGCGGCUUGCUUCCACGUGUACGAGUAGGCCAGCAUGUCGUACAACAAUUACUACCACAACUACCACCAGAAGACCAGUUCCUAUACCAGGAUGUGGAAGUGGGGAUGAUGAUAGUUCUGAUGUUUCACCGUGUAGCGAUGAGGAUGAGUAUGACUCAUCGGUGAUACUAGCGAACUCGGAUCAAGCCUUUGCAGCACUUAAUUCCCCUGUGGAAGGUCCCAACGCAAACCAUUUAUUUUCGGAAGUUGCAGGACCAGCCAGUUCCGGUCCACUCUUUUCAGAGCGAGAACCUGUCGUGAGAAUUAAACCUGUUCCGAAAAGUGCCCAAUUUGAUCCACAACGAUCCCGGAUAGGCAUCAUUGCAACAGCUAGUCAUGGAUCGGCAGCGCCUGUACAACCAAGCGGACCACUGACAAAUAUUGUUGCUACGGCAACAUAUCAAACUACUGCAGCUCCAAACACACUUCUUGCUGGCGCAAAUAGCAUGUCUCAACUUCUGUCCUUGCUGAGCAAUCAGAUUACUCAGCCAGUUUCUACAGUGUGUCCCUACGAUGGAAUUAUUCCCGAUCCGCGGAAUCCUCGCUACUAUUACUUGUGUCGGAAAGGACUCCCAAUGUGCGACGAAAAUAGAUUCUCCUGUGCCGACGGAUACGUGUUUAACCCGGUUAGUCAGAAGUGUGCCCCGCUCAUGUAGAAAUCUGAUUCCUGAUGUCGGUAGCAGUCUA